GAUGCCGACUGCCGUUAAACAACAAAGAAGAAGAAGAAGCAGAAGAAGUUGUUGUGGUUGUUGUAGUCAGUGGACUGUAGGAAGAAUCAUGGAUGUGAAGCAGGCGUCAUACUGCGUUGUGUUGGAUAAAAAGAGCCAGUCUAAAUUUAUUUGCUACACACGCAGAAAAAACGGACUCUUUCAUAUCUGUCUGACAGAUGCUGCUGAUGUUUGGAGCACAGAGUACACCGAGGACACACUGAACCAGUUUAGACAGAGGUUUGCCUUGAAAUCUACAGAGGAUUAUAUCCUGAAACUCAGGUCCGCCUGUGGUAAUGGGGAUGUGUCUGUUGUGGUGCAUGAAACCAGUGUGGAGCUCCGUGUGGGCUGCAGUCCAGGUGAGCCACGCAUGACCUUAUCCAUGCUGGAAGGCCUACAGGCCACAGAGGAACUGAAGGAGCUGCUGUUCAGGAUGGCAGACAGCCUCACCCAGCCUGACGGCACGUGUGGCGUGUCCUCUGUCAGUCCAGUGAAAAAUCACCAGUGGUGGCCUGCAGGUGAGCAGCUGAUGGAGCCCCUGCUGCAGCAGAAUAGUGCACCAUCAGCGACGGUGAAGAAACGACCUCCAGGAAGUUCACUCAUCAACCCAGGCAGUAAAAGGAAGCAGCGAGCGACCGGCGUGGCCUUUGAUGAUGCAGAUGAAGACUGAUCCACUGUAUUUUUACUGUGUUCUCACACCGCUGCUGCACAACCACUAUUGAAUGCUUUUUACCCACUAACACAACGUUGAUUCAACGGUUUUAAUGCUAUUUUAACAUGUGUCAUUAUCAUGAAUGUCUUCUUUUAUCAGUAACUUUAAUUUGAAUUGAGACACCUGGACAUGAAAUAAAGAUGUUGUCUUGUC